UAACGAGGUGAUAUCGUUACAUGCAUGAAACACAUAUCUUUAAAUUAUUGUGAGUUUUGGUAUGAUUUGUACAACUGUUUACUGAUUUCCUAAAUGCUAUUCUCGUGUGUUUUUAAAGCGGAACUAUUGCAUUCAUCUUCUUAUGCUAGACGACAUGUCGCCAUGUUUGAUGCAGUAUGACAUCCGGUCUGCGCGCACUGAUAUUCGUCACCAUGGUUACCGAUAUGGUCAGCUGUCAGGACUUCAUCGAGUCCGUGGUUGACUCGUGUGCGGGUUGUGAACACAAGUACACGUUCCGUGGGUCGCGCACGGGUAUCUUCACAUCCCCGGGCUUUCCAGACAACUACCCGGAGCGCACCACGUGCUGUUACUUCUUCCACGCCAAAGACGAGGGCAGAGUCCGCAUCGAGUUUGACUAUUUUGAACUGGAAAAGUCGGAAAACGGUUGUAACUAUGACUACAUCGAGAUCUCCAGUAUCAACAUCCGGGGAUUUAAAGAGCAGCCACGCGCUAAAUACUGCGGCAAGACCACGCCUCCCCUCUACAUCUCCACCCAAUCAAAACUCGAGAUUAUCUUCCACUCUGACGUCACGACGAACGCUAAAGGAUUCCUGGGACAUUACGAGUUCAUAGACAAGAACUGGCAUCCUUUCCCACCGUCUACUAUCGGGUGCGGUCAGGGGUACCUGACGGGAUCUGGAGGCGACAUCCGGUCGCCAGGUUUCCCGGGGCCAUAUCCGGCCGAAGCUGGGUGCACGUGGGUGCUGCAGGUGUUGCCCAUGCAACGAAUUCUGGUGACGAUCAUUGCCCUGCAAAUAACCAAUUCAGCGAAGUGUCAGGACACAAAUCUGCUGAUGUUGUUCGAUGGUCACGUGACUCCAGAGCUGGAUCCCGUCACUUAUUGCGGUCAGUUGGACCAGGAACCAGUAGAGCGGCGAGAGUACCUAUCUAUCGGAGACAGACUGGUCAUCAGAUUCCAGUCUGGAAUGAACAACCUCGGUCGCCUGACUGGUUUCCAUUUGAGUUGGACGGCGGUUACAAUACACACUUAUGGAGGGCUAUGUACGGGAUUCCAGUGCGCCGGAAAUUCCGGUCUGUGCGCGCGCAACAUUGCGCAUGAGCAGUGUCGUUUCUGUAUCGACGCAUCUUUAAAAUGUAAUGAGCUGCCUAAUUGUGGGGCCAGGGACGAAAGUGACGAACAUAAGUGCCUAAAUCACAUUUUCCGAUACGUGGGUUACAUCGGCGCCGGGGCCGCUGUCGCUCUGAUCAUUAUCAUAGUCAUCAUCGUCGUCUGCUGCUGUCGACGCUGGCGUCGACGACGGCACAAUCGCAUGAGGUACCACGUGCCGAAGAACCAGUCGGGCCUCUCCGCCCAAUCGGUCACACGCUCGCUCCUGCCCGCGACAAGCCCCAGCGUCCCCGUGCGAACCCUGGACCGCAGCCCCCGGACCUCGAGUAUCAUGUACACGACGUCAUUUACCGAUUGUCGUCUGCAAAGUUUGAAUGACGAUAAUGCCAUAUCCAAUCAUUCCAGCACCAAAGCGCUGCACACGUUUGGAAACUCUAAAUCUCUUAAUCAUGUUAACAUGGAAACAGAUGGUGAUUCUGACUCAGACGUUUUCCAUCCGGUGGCAGAAUCGUCAGCAACCUAUAAGGGUCACCAAAAACGACCCUCAUACCACAUGAUGCGAGAGCUGUGUUACCAGGACGGGAAUGUGCUUCCGGAUAUAUAGCUGCGCACACAUUUCAUCCGGAUUUGAGAGAUAUAUUCACUUCCGGUUUAAAUGAGGAGCGCAGGGUCAUGUGAUAGUAUCGUCAUCAACGACACUUUUAACAUUCAUCAAAUAAUGCUUUGUUCAAUUAGCUUUUAAACAAAGAUAUGCAUGGAUGGUUUUAAUGCAAUUUUUGUUCGGAAAACUUUGGAAAUGUUUGGUUUGAAAAUUAAAAAGUUCUAUAAUUGCUUUGAAGGAGGGUAAAAAUGGUACAAUUUCGGAAGCCGGAUCUUGUUCCGGAAUGAACGUAAGCGGUAGUCACGUGGAGUUCCGGUGUAUAUGUGUUACAGUGCAUUUGUUUUUAUAAAACGGACGUGUGUUUUAUGAAUAACGAAUCAUGCAUAUCAAUAUAUGGAAUUUAUUGCAAGAUGAUGCAUGUUUAUCUCACGUUUUGAUGGAAUGUGUUACAGCAAUCUUAUAGUCAGCAUUCAUAUUAUUUAUUGCAUUAUUGGCAUUUUUCAUUCGUACGGCAUGCAUAUUAAUUGCUCUUUAAAUAUAUCUCACUGAUCUUUGACAAAAUCUUUAAAAAAAAAAGUAUUUUGUAUAAAAGUUGUUUUAUUCGUCAAUUAUUUUUGUAUAACUGUUGGUUUAAUCGAGAAAUUGAUGUUCUAUAUGUGCUUGAUAAACAGGAAAAAGGCCUAUUAUAACUAUUCGAUCAACCGGAAAUUUGUUUGAUACGCGCAUUAUAGUCAGGAUCUACCAUUGAUACGCGCAUUAUAGUCAGGAUCUACCAUGUCCACUAAUAAGACCAACAAACAUGUAAAUAUUUUAUGGCAGACAAGGAUCAUUUAGACAACCUGCGCUUACCGCAUAUGGCAUAAGACCCAUUUUCGCAUGACGCUGUUCAUAACAAAGACGGCUUUCGAGACUGUGACCGCAUUUUUAUGCGUUGAUAGUGCGACCUCCAAAAAUGACUAAGAUAACAUGCAUACAUGCACAAGGACAUACCUGUUGAAUUAUUUUUUAAAUGUAUCAUGUUCUAGAACAGAAUUGUGCAAUCAUGCUGUGAGAAAAGCAAAAAAAUUGUACUGUUUAAUUGAUAUUUCAAUUAUUAUAAGUGUAAUUUUUAGUUUGCAUGUAAUACGAAGUGUAUUAUAUUGAGUGAUUUGAAAAAUAAACAAUGCCCAUUA